GUUUCAUCCCAGGCAGAGACUAGGAGAGAAUAAGGUCAUACAAGGGUGUAUGCACUACCUCAAAGUCUAACCACCCUCUGUGGUACCUCAUAGUCCAACCUUACCAUUUAAGAAACGUUGUCUUCUCGGAAGGAUAUGAGCAGUAAAAGCUUGGUGAAGAACUCCAAGACCAUGGGUGUCCAUGAAGCGAAAGAAGUUAAUAGCACCGCACAGCAUUUCGUUGAUUUCACAGAAGCAGAGGAAGAUCUAGUAUUCAGAAUGCACAGGCUUGUCGGGAACAGGUGGGAACUUAUAGCUGGAAGGAUCCCCGGAAGAACAGCAGAAGAAGUAGAGAUGUUUUGGGCAAAAAAGCAAAAGGAACAAUGAAAAUGAAAAUAAGGAUGCAUGCAGUAAAACACGAUGUAUACCAUGCAUUUUCUUGUCAGUCAAAACGUGUGUUGAUCUUA